AUGUAUACAUCUUCCAGCUUUCCGUAUCUGUUUGCAGAAGUCGUCGCGUUAGCGCGCAGCCCAUCGCUGUUUCCCCUUACUUACUUCCAAGCAGAGGUCCACGGUUCCGACGACCGCGAGACCCAAUCCAGCAGCCUCCAUCCUUCUCAAGACGCUACUGUCGAAGUUUCGACUGCACCCCAGUUCUCAACAGGCAGGACAAGACAGGGUUUCGCAAGACCCCUCCACUGCUGUGGGCAGAGAUUAACCCGUCUGGGGGCGAAACGCUGCGGGGUCAUCCGCCAAUUGCUGCUGCCGCGCUUGUUCGUAUCACCACCACUGCUCGUGCCAGCAGGCUCUGACCGCGUUAUGGAUCUCUUUGCUGACCACUUCAAGCUGGAAGUCGAGAUCGUCACAGACCGAUGCACCCGGCAGGUUUCAGACCCCAUUCCCGAGUCGGAGGUCCAGCUCGUCUGUCAACAGCUUCUGGAGGGCCUCGUGCAGAUUCAUACCAUUGGUAUCCUUCACCGCGAUCUGAAGCCGCAGAAUAUCUUCGUCGUCCAAAAGUCACCCAUUUGGAUCAAGAUUGGGGAUUUUGGCGUCAGCAAACAGGUUUACGGCAAUGAACCACCACCCAAGACUCGAGUUGGAACCGACGGUUACACGGCCCCGGAAAUACUGGACUUGUUGGAUGUCGAAACUUCGAAUGUGAGCGCUGCCGGAAUAUCCUUCAUUAAGCAGCUGCUGGCUGCAUGCCCGCCUCAACGACCGUCAGCAGCCGAUGCUUUAACAGAUCCCUGGCUUAAGGAUCUUCCCGACUUUUACAGUAACGGUAAUACCGAUGCAUUGAGCAAAUCACCUGUAAACGGGGAAGCGUUGCCAUCCAGAAUGCCAAAGCAGGGAAACUUGAAAACUGAAAUGCCAUUUGGAAGCUCCCCGAGUCAUGUCCUAUGGAAAACCACUGACGUUACAAAGGAAUCUGGUAAAAUUCAGUUUCUCCUCGAUCAUGGGUUCGAUAUCCAUUCACCUGGUUUCGAUGCCGACAAGGCAUUGCUCUGUGUUGCCCCUAUGGAUUAUGAAGUCACGAUGUUCUUAUUGGCCAGGGGAGCCAACAUUGACGCAAAACUAGACAAUGGAGAGACGGCCCUACGUUUUGCUGCACGACAUGGUAACGAAGACACGCUCCUGGGUCUGCUUAUGGAAGGCGCCGAUGUCAAUGCAAAAACCGAGAAUGGAACCACACCACUCCAUUGCGCAGCGAUGGCGGGGCAUAUGAGAGUAAGAGAUUUUAAAAAAAACGAAACAGAAGCGGACUAUGAUCUGCGCUACGAAUAUAUAUGA